GGCCAUACACAUGCACCGUACAGUUCGUCGCGUUUGGUUAGUGGUCUCAUCGUCGUCCGCUUGAUCUAUCGUUUGCGCUUCAUCCGUGUCGACGUACGUGUUUUCUGUUCAGGGCCGCGCUGCUUACGAGCAGCGAGCAGCAAAUCUACUUGAAAAGUCAACCGAAGCGCUCGCACAACGGUACGCACGCAGUUCCCUGGUGUUUAGUGUAGCGGUGCGGCAGAGUGUGUUUUUCACGGCGCUAGUGCGUAUGUUGUGCGUUUUCCGCUCCCCGGGGCAGUGUUACAGAACAGCGCCCAACGUCAAGCAAUACUUCGGGAAGUUCGUUCCUGUGCUUCUGGCCGGCGGUACGUACUUGAGUUUCAGUGUGUGCUGUGCCAGUGUCAGUGAUUAGUUGUGAUCGCGUGUCGUGAUCGGAGCGAAGAAAAGCUUCUUCCUCACCCACACCCUCCCCAGCGAGCAGUUGCGCAAAUCGUAACGCAAAACCCCCGAAACGAACCGUAGUGCGCACACUGGGUGCUGCUGGGUGUUGUGCGGCGGGGGGUGGCUCUAUUAGUGGCUGGCGUGCGCGCGUAUCCGUAACGCGAAAGACAAACACAAAGGUGAUAGGAAGCAACGGCCGCAGAGCGCACUCGCUGCAUUCCACCAUCAACGGUCGAGAAGGAGGCGCAGCUGUCCCACCAGCGCUCCCACAGCCGUACCGCAACUCCAGCAGUAGCAGCAGCAGCCCGCCAGCCGGUAGCAGCGGUGGGCCGUUCCCCUUUACUUUGAGACCCCGGUACGCAGCAAACCGUCAAAACGAUUUAUCUUCGGCCGUACAAGGACAUCUUCCCGGGCGGUGGCCAUAACCAGCUAUCCUCGCUAUAUCCGCAACCCGUGAUGGAGCGUAGCGGCGGCGGCGGUAGCGGUGGCGGCGGUUCCGGCGGUCCGACCCCGAGCAGCCUCGGCGACACGAUGAGCGACUCGGCCGGCCUGUGCCUGCAGGACCUGGUCGGCGUCAACGGCACCGGGGGAGGCGGUGGCGGCGGCGGAGCGGGCGGAACGGGCGGUGGGCCCGGGGGAGCGAACAAUACGCUGGCGGACCACCUGCACGGUACCGGGGCGCACCAUGGGCCCCACACGCACCACAGCCUGCACGACGGGCUGGUCAGCGGCGGCGUGAGCGUCUCGUCCGCCAUUACCAGCCUGAUGUCGCCGGGCGGUAUCAACAGUGGCGGGCUGGGGCACCUGCACCACGGCGCCCCGGACCUGUCUGCCCACCAUCAUCAUCACCAUCACCACCAUCAGCAUCACCAUUCGUCGGCGCUGCACGAGCCGCUGGAGAAGUUGAAGCUUUGGGCAGAAACCGGCGACUUUCGGGAAAACAGCCACACCGGCAUGACGUCCGUCAGCAGUAUUGACCACGCGCAGAUGGGUUUUCCAGCAUCUUCACCCCGCAACAGGAGCUCUCGGGAUCGGAAAAAUGAUGUAUCUCGAUGUAUCAACGAAGCCUCGGUAAAGACCGAAAACCUUAGCAGCGGCAUGUCCCACGAGGACGGCACCGGAUCGGUCGCGCCCGGCACCACGAUCCAGCAGGACGGCACCGACGGCACCAAGAACGAUAAGAAAAACAAACGCCAGCGACGCCAGCGAACACACUUCACCUCACAGCAGCUGCACGAGCUCGAGCAGACGUUCAGCCGCAACCGCUACCCGGACAUGUCCACCCGGGAAGAGAUCGCCAUGUGGACCAACCUGACCGAGGCACGCGUGCGGGUAUGGUUCAAAAACCGGCGGGCCAAGUGGCGCAAGCGGGAGCGGAACCAGAUGAACGCGAUCGCGGCGGCCGACUUCAAGAACGGGUUCGGCCCGCAGUUCGUGCAGCCGUUCGCCGACACAGACACGCUGUACUCGUCCUACACGUACAACAACUGGGCGAAGGUGCCGUCCCCGCUCGGUGCCAAGACGUUCCCGUGGACGGUGAACCCGCUCAGCACGUCGAUCGUGUCGACCAACCACCACCAGAACUCGAUCAACUGCUUCAACACGUCGGCAUCGUCGGUGGCGGCCGGGAUGGCCGGCACCGGCACGAUGCUGCCGGCUAGCAUGGGCACCGGCCUGACCGGGACGUCCGGGGCGACCGGCGUGUCGCCGACGCCGUGCCCCUACACCACGCCCACCAAUCCGUACAUGUAUCAUCAUCGCGCCGCGGCCGAACCCUGCACGGCCAUGAGCUCCAGCAUCGCGACGCUCCGGUUGAAGGCGAAGCAGCACACGUCCGGUUUCUCCAGCCCUUACUCCGCGUCGUCGCCCGUCUCCCGCUCCAACUCGGCCGGCCUGUCCGCCUGCCAGUACGCGGGCGUCACGGAUACGGUCUGAAACGCGGCCAGCGCAACCACCAAC